UCGUUCUUGAAGCAGUGCUGACUGUUAUUCAGAAAAGCCAUCUUUUGUGCCUUAUAACAUUUCAUUGUUAAUUCCAGAUUUUUCUGGAUUUUGGUGCCAGUGGAGGAUCUUGUUUAUAAGGUGCACCAUGGGUAGAAAGCACUGUCCUUGGGAAACAUUUUGUGCAUUCAAGUAUUGGCAAUGAUUUGGCUAACAGGUUAGGUGUAAAGUCGCUUCGCUGCAUCUCUUUGGUAGAUGAAGAGAUGACAAAAAAUCUUCCAUGCAUGGACUCUGAACGAGUGAAGGAGCUUUUGCAAUUUUAUGGGAACAGUGAUUUCUUGUUGUUUGACCUCCUUGAGCUGGCAGAUUGCUGUAAGGCUAAAAAGCUCCACCUAAUCUUUGACAAGAGAGAACAUGCUCGCCAGACGUUGCUGCAGCACAAUUUAGGUGAAUUUCAAGGGCCAGCACUAGUUGCCAUUAUGGAAGGGGCCAGCUUGAGCAUAGAGGAGGUAAGCAGUCUUCAGCUCCUUCCGCCAUGGAGACUUCGAGAUGAGACUCUCAACUAUGGUCUUGGACUGUUUAGUUGUUACUUCAUUUGUGAUCUCCUGUCAAUUGCUUCUGCUGGCUAUUUUUAUAUGUUUGAUCCUCGUGGGUUUGCACUUUCUGCACCUUCAAGCCAGUCUCCUGCAGCAAAAAUGUUUUCUUUGAUAGGUAAUAAUUUGAUGGAGCGAUUUCAUGAUCAGUUUUACCCUAUGCUAAUUAAUCAGAAUAUGUCAUGGUUGCCAGUGGAUUCUACUAUAAUACGCAUGCCUCUAUCAUCAGAAUGCUUGAAAGAUGGACUUCAGUUGGGAUAUAAGAAAAUAAAGCAAAUAUCUGAUAGAUUUUUGGAGCAUGCAUCUAGAAUGCUUAUUUAUCUGAAGUCAGUUUUGCAGGUCUCAUUUUCAACAUGGGAGCAAGGAUCUCUACAGCCAUGUCAGGAUUAUUCAGUUUCUGUUGAUUCAUCAACUGCUAUUAUGAGGAAUCCUUUUUCAGAAAAGAAGUGGAGGAAGUUUCAAAUAUCAAGGCUCUUUAGUAGCUCAAGUUCUGCCACAAAAUCACAUGUAAUAGAUGUGAAUUUGUGUUUGGGAGACCGUAGAGUAAUAGACAGAUGGCUUGUUGUGCUCAGCCUCGGUUCUGGUCAAACAAGAAAUAUGGCUCUUGAUAGGGGGACUGAGAAAGAAGAGGUUAUACCCAUUUUGUUAACUCUUGACAGUUAUAUUCAGGAGGAGAUUUUUAGUUCGGAAGGUUUCAUUUAAGAGGUAAUGUGGGGCACAUAGAUAAAUCAGACUUGAAGA